GACUCUUGGUUGAUUUGUGGACCUGAACAUGAGCGUGUUAUCAGUGAAUUUGAAGUUUAUCUCAAAUUUCAUGGCUGAUAAUUUUAAAAAGUGGAAAUUUUAUUCAUUUUUUUCAACAUUUCAUUGAUAAAUCGAAAUAUCUUGGCAUCGGUCAACCCUAACCAAGGUUCAUCUACAUUGUUUGUUUUUUUGAUUUUUGAAAUGUCAAAGCAAAAAUUCUUUUUUAACCGGCAAUAAAUACUCUGCACUACAUAAACAAGAUUGAAUAAAUCGCAAGAUAAGCGUCUUUUCCCAAGGAAGUUUUAUAUUAACUUCAUCAGCACAUUUCGUGUGUGGUUUGAGUGCAAUGAUUACUUAUCGUGUAAUUUAAUAGAUUCUUCUUGGUUACGCAAAAAAUUCCAUUUGAAAUAGAUAAUUCAGACAGAGUAGAAGUGAGCAAUGUAUACAAUCUACGAUACAAGUAAUCGAAAGACGAAUGUCCAUCAUUUGUCAUGGAUCUGGGCCGUUUCGUUGGCUGCGAUGGUAUUCUUCUUGAGCUGUUUUUCCAAGCAUCGGCUACUUACACUGCCGCCUGGAUUGACCGUAAACGAUUUGCCGCAGCACAAUGAAUCGUUCAUUGCAGAACGGGCUUGGCAUGAUUUGAACAUAAUAACGAGCUUUGGAACUCGACCAACCGGCAGUCAUGCAAAUGAAAUACUUGCCAUCGACUUUUUCAAACGUGAACUGUCGUACAUCGAACGAAACGCACACCCAAAUCAAAAAAUCUAUUCAGACAUUCAAGUGACAUCGGGCUCGUAUUUCAUUAACUUUAAACCACAUCCAAUGACGAAUAUCUAUCGUAACGUGCAGAAUUUCAUUGUUCGAAUGGCUGGCAGCGAUGAAGCCGAAAAUUCACUACGUAAAAACCAUGCACUAAUGUUGAAUUGCCAUUUUGAUUCAGUUGCCGGAAGUCCGGGUGCCAGUGACGAUGCGGCCAGUUGUUGUGUCAUGAUGGAGAUUUUGAGAGUGCUGUCACAACAAGAGAAACGGCUGAGACAUACUGUCAUUUUCCUUUUUAACGGCGCCGAAGAGACACCACUGCAAGCUGCACACGGAUUUAUUACGCAGCAUCGCUGGGCCAAAGAUAUCAGAGCAUUUCUCAAUUUGGAAUCGGUUGGAUCAAAUGGCAAAGAGAUUCUAUUCCAAUCUGGGCCAAACCAUGGGUGGCUGAUUGAUAUGUAUAAAAAUGCUGUUCCCUACCCAAAUGGGCAGGUGGCAGCUGAAGAAAUGUUCCAAUUGGGAGUUAUACCAUCGGACACCGAUUUCCGCAUUUUCCGAGACUAUGGCCAUAUUCCAGGAAUGGAUUUUGCUCACGUUUUCAAUGGUUAUCGUUAUCACACCAAAUAUGAUCAUAUCGACUACUUGCCGCCAGAAGUGUUGCAACGUACCGGCGAUAAUAUACUUUCAUUAGUCAGAAGACUGGGCAAUUCGGAUGAGCUUACGAAUACUGAGGCAUACGUCAACGGUCGAAUGGUUUACUUUGAUUUGCUGGGCUACACAUUCAUUUCGUACACCGAAUCAACGGGUCAAAUUUUGCAUAUUAUUAUUCCAGCCCUUUCUGUGAUUCUAUCCUAUUACUUCUUGCAUACCAAAGGCAUUUCUCGUCGUUAUGUUCGCAAGGAACUCCGUUUUGGUUUCUUUGUUACGAUAUUCUCACUGUUUCUGGGCUGUGUGGUGUGCUACUUGAUUGCCACUGAAUUGGAUCUAAAUGGAAAAACAAUGUCAUGGUAUCAUCGCACUUACUUUUCGAUUGCUUUGUACUGUUUUCCAUCGUUGGCAGUUACCUCAUUUUUCUAUGCCCAAUUGGUGCGAACGCGUGAUUCUCCGCUGAGUUUGGCACUUCAAGCACAAGCUCGUUUGAAUGGAGUGAAUUUGGUGUGGGCAGCCGGCACUAUUAUUUUGACGUUAUUCGGAUUUCGAGCCGCGUAUGUGCUUAUGAUUCCAGUUCUUGUGACACUUAUUGUUAACACAAUCAUUGGCUUGACGAAAUCACAAAAUACAAUCAGAAAAUGGCUCUACAUUCAUUUGGCCGGUCAAGUACUUGUUGUACUCUGGGCAACGCAUUUUUAUCAUGCAAUCAUUGCGGUUUUCAUUCCAAUUGCCGGUCGAUCAGGUGGCUACAAAAAUCCAGAUAUUCCAAUUGGCUUUAUUUCCUGCUUUUUCACUAUGUUCAUCGGCAGCUAUUUGAUUCCUCUCGUUGGUUUGCUACGUAAUCCGAAAUCGUUCUUGGUCACCGUUGCUGGAUUAUUUGUACUAACCCGUUUGAGUUUCAUCGGCACGCAUUUUGAAUUUCCAUACAGUGACGAUCCUGCUAAUCCAACACCACAAAGACACUUUGUUACUCACGCUGUACGAAAAGUCUAUGAUUUGAAUGGUCGUGUGCAGUACACAGAUUCAGGAUAUUGGUUCCGAGAACUUGAUCGAAAUGCAGAGAAAACAAUCGAUAGUCUUGUUGCUCCGGAGACGCCUGUUCGUCAAGAGCUCAUACCGAUGGGUAAAGAAUUGCCAUUUUAUGGAAUACCAACAUACUCCUGUCGUCAGUUACAUACUGGCGGUUUUUGGUUGCCAGCCCCUGCUCCAAUAGUAGAAAAUGAAGUUCAAGUGAAUGCCACCAAACCAUUGAAGGUAUCUGACAAUAAAUGGCAACUUCGAUUAACGUUCAAUGGCAGUUAUUUGUAUUCGUUGCAAAUUCGACCAAGAAGCGGUGUCAACUUAUUGAAGUGGAAUUUUUUAGAUUUCAUACCAGAAAAGAACGAAUUUAAUGGGGACAAAGGUUACUUUGCGAUGGUUACUCAUGGUCUAGAAGCACCUCCACUUCAGCUUCAUAUGGAAUUUGAUACAAAAAUUGGUCAUACUGGUCCAUUGGUGGAAGUAUCGGUUGUGACAUUCCAUUGGGAAACAUCAUUCAAGCCAACGCCGGUGUUUGCCAAUCUGCUUGCACGAUUCCCGAAAUGGGCUUUCCCUGUGCCAUCAAUCGCAUCGCUACAAGCACAUGUUUAUUAAAUCCAGCUGCUUUCUCAAUUCUCAACCGAAAAAAAACCUCUUCUGGCUUGAGCUUAUACAAUCUCGGGAAAGUUUGGCAUUAGAUGCAUUUUUGAUUUUUUUUUUUUAAAUAACUUUUUGGUGAUUUGCUUGCAAUUAACUCACCACAACUCUUCUAGAUUUUAAUAUAGAAAAUCCAGGGUUUUGCCGCAAUAUUUUUUCGUCUCAAAUUUGUUAACAUUUUAGUUGAAUAAAAUAAUUGAUAAAUGGUACACAAAAGUGGUUCUAAUCC